AUGACAUCCCCAAGUAUUAACAAAGAAGACAAUUCAAAGAAAGAAUGGGUUUUCAUUGAUGAAUCGGACGCCAUAAUUUCACCAGCAAAACAAUCACACAACAAUAUCUCCUCGGAUUCUAACAUUACGAUCACAAUUCCUUUUCCACCCCAAAUAAAUCCCUUAGAUCUCAUAAGACGCAACAAAAAUGGUCAACUUCUUUCCCGUGCAACGAACAAAUUCCUAAUUUAUCGUAAUGAGUAUUCAAAGGAACUUCAAUCUUGUGGUUAUAAACUCUCUAUGCGAGAUGUUUCGCGCAUGGCCGCAAAAUCCUGGAAGUUAGAAUCUUCGGAAGUAAAAAGGAAGUACGAGGACAUUGCCAGGGAGGUUGAGAAGAUUCAUGUCAAAUUAUCCAUGCCUGCCUCUCCCUAUCCUACUUGUUACACUCGAAAGUUUAUGAAUCAGUCGAGGUUACAUCAACCGAACGAUUAUUUACUUUCAGUACCUCCUUUUUCAACGGAGUCAGCUCCGGUUCAUUCGCUUUGUCCUCAUCCCAGUUUCUUUGCUGGUGCAAUUCGCUCUCCUUCAAUUGAGUCGGUAUGUUUGGAUGCUCCGAUAAACGCUGGUUCAAGUUCGACGAUACCUUCUCAACAACAGAUCCCCUAUUCUUCGCUUUACCAUUUUGAUCAGAGUAACAAUUAUAAUCAACAGUAUGUCCCUUUUGGAUUAUAUAAUAAUUCCUUGAAUUUUCAAAUGUCGGAUAAUUUACUAUUAAAGACUUCAACGGAGAAUAAUGCUUCAAUCGAACAUAACGAUCUAACGAAAUCUCUUGUAAUACAAGAUCUUAUGUUUGAAUGA